AUGGCGGGAGGCGGUUCAGCUGCGAAGGGGAAUACUGGCGGCGUAAGAAUCGUCGUCGCCGGCGAUAAAGGCACCGGAAAGUCGAGCUUGGUAGUGACGGCCGCCACCGAGAGUUUUCCGAUCAGUGCCCCUCCGUUAUUGCCGCCAACGAGGUUGCCCGAAGAUAUUUAUCCGGACCGAGUUCCCGUCACUGUCAUCGAUACAUCGUCUAGCUUGGAGAAUAGAGGUAAGCUAGCUGAAGAGCUGAAGCGUGCCGAUGCCGUAGUGCUGACUUAUGCGUGUGACCAGCCAGAAACUCUUGAUCGAUUGAGUACUUUUUGGCUUCUUGAACUCAGGCGUUUAGAGGUAAAGGUGCCAGUUAUUGUGGUAGGUUGUAAGUUAGAUUUGAGGGAUGAACAACAUCCAGUUAGCUUGGAGCAGGUGAUGUCACCGAUAAUGCAACAGUUUCGUGAGAUCGAAACUUGUAUCGAGUGUUCCGCCUUUAAACAUAUUCAGAUCCCCGAGGUUUUCUACUAUGCACAAAAGGCGGUGCUUCAUCCGACAGCUCCACUAUUUGAUCAGGAAGCACAAACUUUGAAGCCUCGAUGUGUGAGAGCUUUAAAACGAAUAUUUAUCCUCUGUGAUCAUGAUAGGGAUGGUGCCCUCAGCGAUGCAGAGUUGAAUGAUUUUCAGGUCAAGUGUUUCAAUGCGCCAUUACAACCUUCUGAAAUUGUGGGUGUUAAGAGGGUUGUUGAAGAAAAACUGCCUGAAGGUGUCAAUGACCGUGGCCUGACUUUGACGGGAUUCCUAUUUCUUCAUGCCCUAUUCAUUGAAAAGGGGCGUUUGGAGACAACAUGGACCGUCCUAAGGAAAUUCGGAUACAAUAAUGAUAUCCGACUCAGUGAUAAUCAGCUUCCAUCACCAAUAAAACGAACUCCUGAUCAGAGUGUGGAGCUGACAAAUGAAGCUGUGGAAUUUCUAAAAUACAUAUUCAAUAUGUUUGACAGUGAUGGAGAUGGAGCCCUUCGAUCAAGUGAGAUCGAGGACCUGUUUUCUACAGCACCAGAAAAUAGAAGAACCUCUUUCAGGCUUGAAGAUUUUGUCUAUGUUGGAAAUGAUGUGUGCUGGUAA